GAACGAUAAUUAUGAAUUGGGAUUUUAUUUUGAAAGUCACAAAAGGACGUUCAGAUUUUAUUAAAGCUGCCUUUAUAAAAGCGUUACCAGAUUCCCUUGAGGAGUGCGGUGAACGAUUAUCGACGCCGAGUAAGGCCGUGUUUGAUUUUCAGAGCUCAUAUAACCGCUGCAUGGCAGGAUGCUGGCUUUUCAUACUAAUCAGAUACACAGCUCUGGGUUUGGACCUAAGUACACAUCUUAAUUGGGGAAAGGAACUUGUUUGACAUCAUGAAAAAAGUUGGACUUAUUUGGGUGUUACUUUUGCCACAGGCAAAUUCAUCACCGGGUUGUCACCCUCAUGUUAAUCUCGUGAGAGAGGAAGAAAAGUGCAUGAAAGAUCUGCUGCUUUUAAAGUCGCACAAAGCAACAGAAAACGACACCGGCGUCCACUGCAAGGGAAUGUGGGAUGACCUGAACUGCUGGCCACCUGCUGCUCUCGGGGAAACGGUCUCUCAGCCGUGUCCGGAGUUUUUCAACUCGGAAGGUAUGGUGCAUCGCAACUGCACCGCCAACGGCUGGACAGACCUGCUCAUCCCACACGAGGACGCAUGCGGAUACACCUUCAACGACACGCUCAAAUUUCUCGGAGAGUCCCCAGAAUCCCAUUUGUAUUACUUCUACGUCAAGACGAUGUACACAGCCGGAUACACAAUCUCCCUCAUCUCCCUCACCAUCGCUAUCGCCAUAUUCUGUUUCUUUAGGAAGCUGCACUGCACCAGGAACCACAUUCACAUCCAGCUGUUCAUCUCCUUCAUCCUGAGAGCCAUCUUCAUCUUCGUCAGAGACGCCCUGCUAUUUAAUAACGAAGAGCUCUAUCACUGUGACUAUUACCCGGUGGCGUGCAAGGUGGUGCUGAUGUUCUCCAACUACUCCAUCCUCGCCAACUACAGCUGGCUGCUGGCCGAGGGCCACUUCCUGUUCACCCUCGUGAGCCGCUCCUUCUUCUCCCUGAAGAAACACCUGGCCUGGUACAUCGUGCUGAGCUGGGGUACGUGCGCAUCGCGUAAUUGCGGCUUAACGUGGGUGUUUCUUAAGAUUUGGCGUUUCAAGCUUUCGUUUCGUCACACAGGUGCACCGCUGAUUGUCAUCGUGUCCUGGGGCUGCGCGAAGUAUCUUUAUGAAGACGAAGGCUGUUGGGAGUCGAGGAGAUACGAAUCGAUCUGGUGGAUACUUCGAGUGCCAGUUCUUCUAACUAUAUGUAUGAAUCUCAUCUUUUUCUUGGGUAUUUUGAGGAUACUGGUGAGCAAACUCAGGAUGCCGGACGCACAGAGGAAUGAAUUCAGCCAAUAUAAGCGGCUGAUCAAAUCCACAUUUUUCCUGGUGGCUCUGUUCGGCCUGCAUUACAUCCUGUUUGUUUUCUUACCCGUUGAAGUCAGCAGCUUUGUGUUCAAGCUGCGGACGUUCGCGGAGCUGGCCCUGUCGUCCACGCAGGGUUUCGUGGUCGCGGUCCUCUACUGCUUCAUGAAUGGAGAGGUGCAGAAUGAGUUUCAGAGGAGGUGGAGGAGGUGGAGGCUGAUCCAGCACCUCCCCAGUCGGUCCAGGCGGCGCCACGGCUCCAUCAGCCACAGCGGGUCCCCCAACACGCAGGUGUCCCUGCUGCUCUGCUCCCCGGGCGGCCAGACGACCACGCCGCUCCCCAUGGACACCGCGGAGACGUGACUCAAAGUUGGGGUUUUGGCUCGUUUUCCAACCCGACGAGGCGGUGAUGGACGCUGGCUAAGAGCCGACACUCAAUUAGCACCACUGCUGCAGCUUGAGUGUUUAACAGAGCGGGACUAUUAUCAGUUUUUUUUUUUUUUUCUAACCUGGCUUAUUAGUAGUAAUUACACCUAUGUCUCAAAAUGAAUGUUACCAUUUAAUUUACAUCUAGUCUAAUUCCAUUUCAAACAUCGGGAGGCGAGGGUGGAAGGAAUCCAGCGAGAUGCAUCUGUUGCCAAGAGUCACGGGGAUGUUUAACGUCAAAUUAAUUUAUGGCCGAGCCCGAGCUAUUCUGACUUUUUGUCCUUCUAUCUCCAAAACAAUAGAGCCUCUCAGACCACAAGUCCGUCAUGGUUACAGUCAACACUGCGAAGCUUUCCCCCAUUAACAAACAGACGUCAAAGUAGCAUGGGGGCAAUGCAAGCUGAUUGCACUUGAACGCACCGCGAAACUGCAGCUGAUGGUCGGUUCUUUGCCUGCAUGAGAGGAAAUAAUUACCCGUGCCAGCAGGUGCUGUGAAUAGAAAUUGAAGGAUUAUGUUGUCUUGUGUAGGGAACUGGAAGAGCUAAAACUAGCGAGGAUGCUACACAGCUACAAUGCAGCUCAUUUUCUUCCAUUUUUUUGAUUUUUUUUUGAAUUUUUGAUUCCUUUCUGCAUGCUUCCUCUUUCACCAAGCUGAGCCAGUCUCACUUUAAAAUGCUCGACUGGCUAAACAGGGAGACAAACCUCUAAAACUAGGCCCUCAGAAGCUGACCAUCAGCCAACCUGCUGCAACAACCCACCGUAUUUACCUGUAAGUCAGAUUAAAAAUCGCUUCCUUUAACCGCACGACUGCUUCAAGAGCACAGCUGACAACCUGCAGCAGCCGAGGAAUCGAGGUGGGAGGGACGCGCCCGAACCCGUGCCCGUUCAGCCAUCUGCGGCGAACAUCUGCGGGACCGAAAGGUGUUGCUUUCGCUGAAUUAAAGCCGGGCAGAGCUGCUGGCAUUGAGCUGGGACUUGGGGGACGCCUUUACCCUAGAAGACGCUUCUUAGAGGAUAACGGAAACAGAUGGAGCGUGAGGCUUAAAGAACAAGAGUUUAUUUUUGAUAGUUGGAUCUUGUGUACAGAUAAUCUGCACUGAAAUGGAUACUGUAUAUAUAUAUGUCUGUAUUUAACAGGAGAUGACCCUCAUGUCUGCAUGCUAAGUAUGAAGCCAGCUAGUGAUUAGCUUUGCUUAGCAUAAAAAGUGAAAGACUGUUUAGCCCUUUCGCAGGCUAGCUGAAGUAAAUUAGUGUCUUUCCAGUUGUGGUGACAUGUUCCUCUAAA